AUGAUGCGGGAUUUUAUUUACUCGGCUAGUUUAAAUGGUAAUGCUACCGAGCAAGAGACGAAACAACUCCUUGAACUGAAAGCCCUUGUUAAUGUCAAUGCAAAAGGCGAAAAUCCGAUGGCGGUGGCUCUUUUUUUAACCUUUCUUUCUACUUUUUGCCCGGAUGAAAAUAAGGUCUAUGCUGACACCGAGGAUUUAUUGGAAAACGAGGAGCAAAAAGAGCAAAUAGGUUCGUUCAUGAGUAGUGAAGAUUAUCAAAUUGUCGGUAAAGUCGCUCUUUUUUUGAGUUCAGGAAAUGAAAUUGUUGGCGAGAAAAAAGGAAGCCAUAAAAACAAAAAAGAUAUCCC